CCAUAUAGUACUCCUUGCACCGCCACCGCCACCGCCACCGCCACCGCUACUGCCACCUCCAGCUUUCAAUUCAGUAUCAGUACUGCAUCACUUCUCCCUUCGUAAGCUACCUCCUUCGUUCUUCCAUGGCUUUCUCACAGAAGCAGCUUCUCCUGCUGCUGAGAUCAACGCUCUGUGCUUUGCUUCUUCUACUGCUGGCUUUUCCCGGCCCGGUUCGACCGGCUCCUCAGGUUCCUUGUUAUUUUAUCUUCGGGGACUCGCUCGUCGAUAAUGGGAACAAUAACGAUAUCGCUUCGUUGGCGAGGGCGAAUUACUUGCCGUAUGGGAUCGACUUCCCCGGCGGGCCGUCCGGCAGGUUCAGCAAUGGGCUCACCACCGUCGAUGUCAUCUAUAACCUUCAGCGGGCAAAUGCAGAACUACGUACAAGCAGCGCAGGAGAUCGUCGAAAUAUUAGGAGAUGAAGACACGGCCGCCAACUAUUUGAGCAAAUGCCUCUUCCAGGUGGGCAUGGGGAGCAACGAUUAUCUCAACAAUUACUUCAUGCCGGCCGUCUACUCCAGCAGCCGCCAAUACACGCCUGAUCAGUUCGCCGACGUCUUAAUCCAGCAGUAUUCCGAGCAGAUUAGGAUACUUUACAACUACGGAGCAAGAAAGGUGGCAAUCAUCGGAGUUGGUCAGGUCGGCUGCAGCCCAAGCGAGCUCGCCCAAUUGAGCUCCGAUGGCGUCACUUGCAUCGACCGGAUUGACAGCGCCAUCCAAUUGUUCAAUAAAAGGCUCAUACAAUUAGUGAAUGAAUUCAACCGGCUCGAUGGUGCUCAUUUCACUUUCAUCAACGCUUUCAAUAUCUUUCAGGACAUCAUCACGAACCCAUCAGCUAAUGGCUUGAGAGUAACUAACAGAGGAUGUUGUGGAGUAGGGAGAAAUAAUGGACAAAUAACUUGUCUUCCUUAUCAAACUCCAUGCCCUAAUAGAAGAGAGUACUUGUUUUGGGAUGCCUUCCAUCCUACUGAGGCAGGAAACAUACUUAUAGGAAGGAGAUCAUACAGUGCUCAAUCUUCUUCAGAUGCUUCUCCGAUGGAUAUUCGUCACCUCGCUCAAAUUUGAUUUGUAUUUACUAAUAGUAUAUUACGUAAGAAGUAUCUGAACUCAUAAUGAACUGAUCGGAAAUAAGUUGGGGAAUCAUAACGGGUCGAAUUUGAGCACUGAUCCUGUCUGGAAAAAAAUAACGGUAUAUGAUGUUAUAGUUGCUUUGAUAAUUCAAAACUUUAUAAUUGUAUUUUA